AUGCGGCUCGUUGUGCUUUUGUCUCGUGCAGGGUCCAUCCCCGAGGCGCUUGGAGCUCUCAGCGAGCUGAAGGUGCUUGCCGUGAGCAACAACAAGCUCACUGGGUCCAUCCCGAGAGAGCUUGGAGGUCUCGGCAAGUUGGAACAGCUAAAGCUCAACGGCAACGAACUUACCGGUAAGGGAGAGUCAACCUCCGUGUGGUGCGGGAACAGUGCCGACUGCGACGCCCUAUUUGGCGACCCUCUCUGCGUCUUCGAGUCGCUCAGUUGGAUUGGUGCAUGUUGCGGAGCCUUGGCUCAGGUUUGCAGUUGGUUUGUUACAUGAGACUCGUGGUGUCGCCUGCACGACGCGCGACGUGGUUGUAUGUACGCGACAUGUCAGAUGGCCCGUAACGACGUGGGGACUACACGUGACACUCCCCCAAAUAUGAAGGCAACCUAUCGGUGGCUCCUGGUUUCAUGUGUUGGGGUGUCAUCACCGCUGUAUGUUGCCUUCCACAGCAGCUUCACGAUACAUCAUGCUUGCAACCCAGGGCGUACCAUCUCUUAGAGGUGGUCGUUUCAUUUUCCUUUCGCCCCUCCUCGGAACCCAUCGACUAUCCAUCGGAAAGAGAGGCCACAGGAGGCUGGCAAUGGCGUGACCUCUUUGUGUCCGUACUUGAAUACCUUGCUCCAUGAACGAU